AUGGCGGGCACACAUGAAACGAGGCGUGGAAAAAAGGCGACCGGCGCUUCUAGUCAGAAACAGAAACGACCGUCUUCAGAUGUACGCAGUGGGAGUGUCAAACCACCAGGUCGUGACUCGGAGGAGCAAGGGACCUCCAGACCGCCGCGCGAUGGAGUGAAAAAGACGAAGAAGCAGGGAGACGCAGGUUCUAGCACACGGAGGGUGGUUUCUGCCGCGCUAGCUGACACCAAGACGACUGCAUUGAACACAACGAAUUCGCGCACUAUCGAGCGUUCUUCCACGCAGCGCACCCUCGAUAAGGAUAACUCUCUCAAGACUCGAACUAUUAAUCGAAGCAGAGAUCGGUCGCUGAAGAGCACGAAGCCCAUAAGUUCUGGUAUCAAGACAGAUUCCUCGAAAGCGAAGACAGCUGCUGUGGACAAGCCUUCGAAUGGCAACACCAAGACAGCCCCGGCCCAAAGUAAGGGGCUUCGAAAACCUACUGGCUUUUUCUCCGCUUUGUUCGUAGCAUCACCUGCUCCGAACCCGCAAAGAAAAAUAACAUGCCUUACAUGCUUUUCGGACGAUAUUCCUGUGAGCAAAUCGGCUAAACUAGCCUGCUCUCACCGAAUGUGCCAUGCAUGCCUCAAACGUAUAUUUACUCUGUCCGUAACUGAUCCGCAGCACAUGCCACCGCGAUGUUGUACGUCUCAGCACAUCCCCCUAAGGCACGUGGACAAACUCUUUGACACGAAAUUCAAAAUCAAAUGGAACAAGAAAUAUCAAGAGUACACGACAAAGAAUCGCAUAUACUGCCCGACGAAGGGAUGCGGUGAGUGGAUCAAACCUGACCACAUCUUUGUGGAUACUAGCGGAGGUGCUUCUGGUGGCCGAAAGUAUGGGAAAUGCAGCCGAUGUAAAACGAAAGUCUGCUGCACUUGCAAUGGGAUAUGGCAUUCUGGAAAAGAAUGCCCGAAGGACGAAGAUACGAAGAGAUUUGUGGAAGUAGCGAAGGAAAAAGGAUGGCAGAGAUGUCACAGCUGUUCAGCUAUGGUUGAGCUGAAAGAGGGCUGCAACCAUAUGACAUGUCGCUGCACGGCCGAAUUCUGCAUGAUCUGUGGUUCCAAGUGGAAAACCUGUGAUUGUCCGUGGUUCAAUUAUGGUGCUGCCGACGAGGGAGAUAGACUGAACUUCAUGAACGUUCCCCAGCCGGUCAGAAAUAAUGUGGGUUAUCAGGAAGAACUCGAUCGAAGGAGAGAACAGGAACGGCAAGAUGAGGCUCUAGCUCGACGAAUGCAGUAUCUUGGAUUGUAUCAUCGUGCUGAACCAGAUGAAGCUAAUGAUGGAGUCUUUGAGGUGGGUAAUGCAACAGGCCACUUUAUGAAUGAACACUUUCACUUGCGACCGACCGGAGCUACAGCUGGCGAUGAAAGGCUUGCUAGACGAGCAACACACACUGGAGCUCGUCGCAAUCGCAACAUAGCAGCUGCGCGUUCGUACACGCCUUCGCCACCCCCGGAUCGAUCGAGGGAGCACCUGGGAAGGCGUAGGGAUCUUCCCAGGCGAACGUGA